UGUAUUCUUGACAGUUACUUACACGUUUGUUUACAUAAGCGUGUGCAUUUGCCGAUUCCAUCUAUGAGUUCUGUGAUAUUCAUAAUAUAUUCGUGAAUUCUAUAUGACAUAGUUAUUGAUGGCUGUGUUUAAACGAAGCAUUAAGGAUUAGUUGCAAGUAUGCUGAAUUUGUUACGCUAGAUAUCUGUGGGGCGCGUAGAGCGAAGAAAUUCGUCAAGCGGGUGCGAAAAUGGGCGAUAAGGCCAACCAAGUGAUUUACAUCGGUGAUAAGAGCACCAAUCGACAACGAAAUGCACCCAGCCCAGACGGAGAUCGCAAGGAAAUGAAAAUAUUGUUUUUCGAUCUGACUUAUUACAACACGACAACGCAAUUUUUGCUUUGCUGCGCCGGCGUUUUUGUGCUCUAUUUGCUGUAUGGAUAUAUGCAGGAGUUGAUUUUCACUCUGGAUGGAUUUAAGCCUUACGGUUGGUUCCUAACGUUAAUCCAAUUCGCCUACUAUACCGCGUUCGGUUACAUCGAACGACUGAUGGAGCGAGUCAAAACGCCCCGAUGCAUCCCGUUGAAGACUUACGUUCUACUGGCGUUUCUAACUCUCGGUACGAUGGGUCUGUCCAAUUCGAGUCUCGGGUACUUGAACUACCCAACGCAGGUUAUCUUCAAAUGUUGCAAACUUGUGCCGGUGCUAAUCGGCAGCAUAUUGAUUCAGGGCAAGAAACAUGGACCGUUGGAUUUCCUAGCUGCAUUCGCAAUGUGCAUCGGGCUGACCCUAUUCACACUGGCCGAUUCGCAGGUUUCACCGAAUUUCAACACCUUCGGAGUGGUUCUGAUUUCGCUAGCGCUACUGUGCGAUGCAGCCAUCGGAAAUGUCCAGGAAAAAGCCAUGCGAGAGCACCGGGCACCGAACAAUGAGGUGGUAAUUUACUCGUACGGAAUUGGUUUCGUCUAUCUGACGGUGAUUAUGCUAGUCACGGGAAAUCUGUUUACCGGAAUCGCCUUUUGCAUGGAGCAUCCAGUAGAAACGUACGGAUAUGCAUUUUUAUUUAGCUUGUCUGGUUACUUGGGCAUCCAAAUCGUACUGACCCUCGUUCGAACAUGUGGAGCCCCGCUGGCAGCGACCGUUACGACUGCCAGGAAAGCAGUGACUAUCGCGCUAUCGUUCGUGUUUUUUAGUAAACCAUUUACCAUUAAUUACCUAUGGUCCGGACUGAUUGUGGUGCUAGGGAUCUAUCUCAAUGUUUACAGUAAGCGAAGUAAACUUACAUUCGGUGAUAUUAAUCAUGUUUUAGCGCGUGGAUAUCACCACCUGGCACAACGCCGAGGCACUCCAUCAACAAGUUCCAAAAAGCUACUUUUAGAAGUGUAAAUUGUAAAAUAGUAUUUAUUAAAUUAUUGUUCCACUACAGUGACAUAAAAUAUUAUUCAACACUGGACAAAUCAAGAA